AUGCUCUUCAACUCGAAGAAGGCGAACCUCUGGUUCUCUUGCCUCAUUCCUUGCACCUGCAUGGCUGUCAAUGGCUAUGAUUCCUCUACGUUCAACGCCGUGCAGGGAUCAGUUCAUUUCAUGAACUACUUCAACAACCCCUCUCCAUCCACUAUCGGCUCGGUCAAUACCGCUAUGGCCGUAAGCGGCAUUAUUACAGGCGUUUUUCUGUCUGCUCUGGUCUCUGACCGAUUCGGUCGCAAAUGGAGUAUGUGGGCGGGAGCUGUACUAGUCAUCAUCUCAACGUUCAUUUCGACAUUUACACCUCCCGUUAUCGGCGGUUACAUCGCCGGUCGUACCAUCACCGGUUUCGGCCAGGGACUGAUGCUGCCGGCCGGACCGGUCUUUAUCAACGAGAUAGCACCAGCCAAACUACGUGGCACUAUCAUGAGUUUCUGGCAGCUCAACUUUGCUAUAGGAUCCUUUCUCGCGUACUGGAUCAACUACGCAUGCUCCAAGAACGCCGAGAGGCUCGGAGAAUGGGAUUGGAGGACCGUCAUGUUCCUUCAAAUCUUCUUUCCUAUCAUCAUCAUCUCUGGGCUUUUCUUCUGCCCUGAGACCCCAAGAUGGUAUGUCCAGAACGACAGAUUCGAAGAAGCAUACAAUAGUCUCUUGCAGAUCCGCGACGACCCAGACCUUGUUGCCCAAGAGAUGCAAGAUAUACGACAAGCCAUUGCGUUUGAAAAGAAAGAAACAAACAGCACUUGGACCCGAUACAAGUUGCUGUGGACGGAUAAGUCUGUGAGAAAGCGCAUUCUCCUCGCGGCUACUAUGAAUAUUGGACAACAACUAACCGGAAACAACUCCCUCGCAACAUACUCCACCAUCAUUUACAAAAAGGUCUUUACUUCAAACAGCCAGAUCCAGCUUAUCAACGCCUUAGCUGGAACCUUCAACAUCCUCUUCACUCUGAACGCCACUUGGAUGACAGAUCUCGUGGGCCGAAGACCUCUCCUCCUCGUUGGUGUUGCGGGCCUAGCAGUCUGCAUGUUUGCAGCCGCAGCCGUGGUUACCGAGACGCCAACUUUGGAGGAUGGAUCCAAGUCUCCCAGUGUAGGCAUCGCGACAGUCUUCUUGAUGUUCCUCUUCGCAUUCUUCUUUAAACCUUCGUGGGGUGCGACGGUGUGGAUCUGGACGUCAGAGAUCUUCUCCAUGAACAUUCGUGCGCAGGCGGUUGCUAUGACCACUCAGUGCCAGUCUAUCGCGAGCAUCAUUCUACAACAAAUCUUUCCCAUUUUUCUUUCUGCCAAAGGAUUCUACGCUAUGUAUAUGUUUGGUGCUAUUAAUAUCCUACUCUUUGCAUUUGUGUGGUUCUGCAUUCCUGAAACUAAGGGCGUGCCAUUGGAGCAUAUGGAUGUACUGUUUGGUGGCGCAGAUCAUGCAAUGGUGGGAGCCGCCAUCGUCAGUGAGAAGACUGUCCAUGAUGAGAUGGUUUCUGUCCAUGCCGCAAAGACCCCGGCGGUCCAUCAGGCCAAGUACGACAGUGCUGUUUGA